AUGGUCGACCUGAACAACUCGCCAAAGCCGUCCAAACCGCUGCCGCAAACGGCGGGCGACGCGCUCAAGUACAGUCCUCUGAUGCCGUUCAUGCCGGUCGGAAAAGCACAUGUGCCUGUUCCGCGAAUCCACACAACCAUUCCCGUGGUGCUGGAGGAGUAUCCCGCUGACGUGUCCCAUCGCGCCGAGCGGAUUGCCGCUGCGGUGAACCAGCCUGGGGCCAACGAGGACUUCACCAACCGGCUGCUGUUGCAGACAACCACGGCGCUGUUCCAGCAGGACAUGAGCUAUCUGCGGUUCAAGGGCGACGAGUACGUGUUGGGCAUUGGAAAGGCCGACGGUGAGCCCGAGCAGACCGGCUCCCGUCUUCCUGUGAAUCUGAGUCCGUCAAGUACAUAUCUGGCCGAACGGCUGCCUCUGCAUCAGGCUGCCCAACAUGUCACCACCCCCAGAGUGUCCAAGCUCAGUCAGUCGUUUAUGGACGCGGAGGAACCGUGGACACAGACUCAGUCGCAGGCUCAGUCGCAGACUCAGACACAGGUUCAGACACAGGCUCAGACACAGGCGCAGACACAGGCGCAGGCGCAGGCGCAGGCGCAGACCCAGGCGCAGACCCAGGCGCAGACGCUGGAAUCCCAGCACCCGCUGCAACAAGGCCAACCGCCACAGGAGUCACUCCAACAUGGUCAACCGCCACAGCAACAACAAAAUGUGCCAACUCCACCAGCACCGCCACAACCUCCAAGAGCCCCUCCUCCAACACACACGGUGGCAUCUCUCACACCACAAAAGGUGCAGGACAUGGUGGAAAAGUCAAUGAUGGGACUGCUGGAGCAAAUCUUCGAGGCGGACGACUCAGCAGAAUCAUACGACUACGACUUUGACGCUCUUCCCGACAAGAAUCUCUGGCAGCGGCCAAUCAAGCGCUCCCUUCUGCCUCUUAGCACCAAGACAUUAUUGCAGCUACAGGACACUCUACGACGGGCUGUUAGCCGGGAAUUCUUUGCCAAGGUCGAUCUGGACGAUCUGCUGCGGCUGGAACGGAUCUGCACCCGGUCUCUCAGUCAUAUGAAUGCCAUUGAUCUGAGUAUACCUCUGGCUGAAAAGAGCGACCGUGACAUGGCUAAUCUGGUGGAGGCAGCCACCAACUCGCUCCGAGCAGCAGACGUGGUACUACGGAUCGUAAACUCCCCCCGACAAGAAAACCAGCUGUUUUCGGAGAACAUUCUCUCGUCUGUGGCCGAGGAUCUGUCUACUAUCACAGAGCAUCUUCUGCUUCCAACUGUGGGCAAGACCGCAGAGGAGUGUGGUUCGCAACUAGCCAGCUGGAGACAGAAUUUGGAAAGCACAGUUGCCACCACCAUGAGGGUUCUCGACCUGUUUUGCAAAUCCAUAUACCUGCGACCUCUGGACGAAUCGAUCAUCACAAAAAUCCUCUUCAUGGCUGUCAAGAUUCUGUUCAUGGAGUCAGCGACUGGUGGAAAAGGCUCAAUCUACAUGCUGUCACCCUUCGCUGUCGAGUCUUUCCGAUCUUCUGCUAUGGAAGUGCUUGCCGUCACGUUUGCAUCGUUUCCUGACCAGCAGGGAUUCAUUUUGGACGAGAUUCUGACCUCCAUGCAGAAACUACCCUCCACCAAAUCGCAUGCACGACAAUUCAGAGUGGGAAACGUGUCGAUCCAAACCGUCUCGGCUCUUCUGAUGCGUUUGAUUGGCUCCUGCGGAGGUUACAAGUUCACCUUUGAUCCAAACACUAAGCUGACACGUGAAUCGCCGGCUGUCAAGCAAUUUGAAGAGGCCUGUGAACAAGCUACAGCCAACGCACGCUCUUCCGCAACCAACGCCGUUCAUUACCUCAUCGACAAGGCGUCCAAGACCGCAAAAUCAAGCGAGUCGCCUUACAGAGCACUGCUGGAUUUGUUUGUUGAGGAUUUCAUUAACGUGUACGGUCAACUGGACUGGAUUUCCGGCGAGCUGAUUCUGCACACGUUUGUGCGCGUGUGUUCCGACUUUCUUUCUGCUCCAGAGAAACAGCAGCCUCCUGUCGCCGUUCUCACACUCUGUAUGGACAUUCUGGGAACUAUUGGGUGCCAUGUGCUGUCGUUUCGCAAAAAGUGUCUCGAACAGGCUGGGAUCACACGCGAGGAAGGUGUCGAAGACCUGCAACAUCUCGCCAUGUCCGCGCAUUACGUUCUUCGUACAUUGAACGACGUGCAAACUAGCAACCCGUUCCAAGAAACCGUUCGCAAAUACUUUGUUUCCCAAUGGGGCAACAUCCUGGGCGGCUACCAUGACAAUGAAGACAAGGAUGUUGUUGAACUGGCACAAAAGAAGCUCUUUCGGCUUGCUGCAUCGUGUUCUGAGAACGUGGACAUGACCAAGAGCAUGACCGAUGAGAUUUCUUCUAGAACUAACGAUUCUCUUGAUUCUGCCAACGACAUUUCUCGAAUCCUUUUGCAUAUGCCACUUGCAGAGUCCUACAAUACCAUUCUGGCCACCAUAUGCCAUUCUUUGGAGCAAUCGAAAAUCCAAAUCCGAAGCAGAGCUCUUAAAUCACUAACCACUCUGUUGAGUUACGAUCCCAAGAUUAUGCGGCUCCCAUUCGUAGCCAAUUCGUUAAAAUCUCGACUCGUUGACGCCUCAGCUUCUGUCAGAGACGCCGCAGUGGAGAUUGUGGGCAAGUAUGUGCUGCUACAACCCACCAAGACUACGCAGUACUUUGAGUCCCUGUUCGAGCGAGUGUCAGACAUGUCCUUAGGAGUCCGUAAGCGAGUCUUGCGGCUUCUUCGAGAUUUGUAUGCAACUAAUGUUGACAACUCUGUCAAGUUGGAGAUUAUCGAAAAGCUGCUGUAUCGUACCGAGGACGAGGAGGAGUCCGUGCAAGAACUGGCGACCUCCACACUGAAGGAAAUGUGGUUCAUGGUUGCCAAGCUUGAAGAUGCACAGAGCAUGGUAGCGACUUUGAAGAAGAGUGAGCAGCUGGCCCAGUACCUAGCCCGCUUCCUCGACUCGAUUUUCAACCCGUUUUUGCAUAAAGAUCCCAUUCCCGAAGCCACGUUGCAGGUUGGAACGCAGUACAUUUCUCUGCUAGUCAAGCAUGUGGUUGGAGACGACAAUCCUGUCCAGACCGAGUCGUAUCUGGAGCUUCUAGGAUACUUUGUGGAGGCCAAUGUGUUGUUCAUCUCUCAGAACCAGCUCACGUCACUGAGAGGAUACAUUUCGGCGGAUGUUAAAGACCUGUCUACGUACCACGUGCUCAAAAUCUUCGAGACUGCUGUUGUUUCGUCUCGCAUUGAGUUUUCCGACGAGCUUCUCAAGGAUAUUGAAACUUCCAUGCUCAAGAAGCUCACAAAGUUCAACGUUAAGGAGCUCUCUGUGGCUGUUCCGUGUCUCUGGGCUGUUUGUUCAAAGCGUAAGGAUACCAAGAAGAUCGAGACCGCCACAUUAUCCUGCGUCAAGGCACUUCUGCCGCACGUGCAGCAUCUCAAGGCAGGAAAGUUGAUGGAGGCACCAGCAGACCCGAAAUUUAAGCGUCUCAUUUACCUGGUUGGUACUCUUGGCCGGUACUGCAAUUUCGACGACGCCAAGGCUCUUUUCCAGAAACUGUUGGGACCUCACGUCUCAGGUAAGCCCGAAAAGUCCGAGGAGUUCAUUGCAGGCUUGUUUCUUCUCUUCUGCAACCCCAAGCUCGCGUCUCAGGAGAUUGUGCGUCUUUCUGUCCGUAACCUGCUUUCCGUGUGCAUUGGCUUCCCCCAGCUGUUUAUGCUUCCUGGAGUCAUUUCGUGUCUGGAUAUGGCUCUGGAAGGCGACGAAGAGCUGCAGAAUAUCGUUCUGAAGCAGUUUUCGGCAUUCUUAGAGAACGAGGAGCAAAUGGCGACGAAGGCGGGCCUCAAGGGCGCAGGUAACACGGAUGCUUCUGGACAGGUGGAUAUCGGAGUCCUACACGGAACCACAUCCAAGUUUGUCAACGAUGGAGUCUGUGCGUCCAUUGUGCAGCGGUAUCUCAAUUCCAUUCUUCAAAUUGCAGUUCUUGGCACCGGUGCUCACUCCAUUAGUGCCAUUCUGCUGCUGGAAAAGGUGUCGCAUCAGGGAUUUGCCAAUCCUCGACUUUUGAUGACGACCACCGUGGCUCUGGAAGCCAGUCCCGUUUCUCUAGUGGCUUCUAAGGCCCAAAGUAUUCACCGCCUGUUUCACGAGAAACACGAGUCGUUGAUUGAUGGCACCUAUGUGGAUGGAAUAGGAGCUGCCGCAGACUACUUGCGACGGCUUCAGGGUCCCAAGCUUGCUCAGGGAAGUGGCUAUCUGGAUCGGUUUUUCAACGUCAUUAAGGGUUCUAGAUCUUCCAGAAGAAAGCUUUUUCUGAACAUGACCCGAGCUCUGGAACUGGACGAGACCCAGACAAGUGAAGAGGAUAUCACCAACCGCUUGUGGACGGUGGUUUUCCUGUGUCGAGCUCUGUCAACAUUGGAGUUGUCCACGGUUGAAGAUGCCCACAUGAUUGUUCAUUCUCUCAACUCUGCUGUCUCCAAGUCUGGCGAGCUCACCAACGCUACGGUUGCCGUUACCGUUCAACUCAUGGCUGCGUUGCGACGGUUCAUCAAGAUGGCCUACUCUCUGAGUGAUGCGAAAUGUGCGAUUUACGCUCCUGCCCGAGGUGGCCAAAUUGGGCUGAAGGAGCUCAACAAGCAAGCUAUUCGGUCCAUGCAAGCGCCUUCCACGGGCCUGGAGUUUACUGAUACGUUCCUGGACUUCAACUACAACUACGACGACCCUGAGCGGAACGCUUUCAUUUGCCAGCAGGUGCGUCAGAUGCUACAGAGUGAAGCCAGUGACGAGGUCCAUGAGGAGGAAGAGCCAGAAGCGGAGAUGAAUUCAGAGAUGGAUAUGCCGUUGGAUGACGGUCAGCGUAUGGGCGACCCGCAGAAUCAGAUGCAAGAUGUGCAGCAUCGAUACCCACAGAUGCCGCAGUACACACAGCAUCCACAGCUUCCACCGCAUCCACAGUACUCACAGUAUCCACAGCAUGUACAGUAUCCACAGCUUCCACAGCUUCCACAGCAUCUACAGCAUCUACAGCACUCCCAACACUCCCAGCCUCCUCAGCACGUACAGCACCCCCUACACCCCCAGCACCCCCACCCCCAGCACCCCCAACACCCCCAGCACCCACAUCAAAACACGGACUUUGAGCCUCCGAUGAAAAAGUUCAAGGACGCGUAA